AUGUCGGGACCAAGAAGAUUAGAUGGUAAAAUCGUAAUUAUAACCGGCGGAGCAAGUGGGAUUGGAGCCGAAUCCGCUAGGCUGUUCGCUGACCACGGAGCUAAGGUCGUGAUAGUCGACGUGCAAGAAGAGCUAGGCCAAAACGUUGCCGUUUCUAUCGGGGAAGACAAAGCCAGUUUCUACUGUUGCGAUAUAACAAAGGAGACGGAAGUGGAGAACGCCGUUAAGUUCACGGUUGAAAAGCACGGAAAGCUCGACGUUCUGUUCAGCAACGCCGGCGUCCUGGAUCCUCCGGGAAGCAUCCUCGACUUGGAUCUCGAACGGUUUGACCGGAUAAUGGCGGUUAACGUCCGCGGCGCGGCUGCGUUUAUCAAACACGCGGCACGCGCUAUGGUGGAGAAAGGCACGCGUGGGUCAAUCGUAUGCACGACCAGCGUCCUGUCGGAGAUCGGUAGUCGUCGGGGACGUCAGGGAUACACGGUGUCAAAACACGGGCUUCUCGGGCUGAUUAGGUCGGCCUCCGGAGGGCUUGGGAAGUACGGGAUAAGAGUAAACGGCGUAGCACCGUACGCGCUGGCGACGCCGAUGACUAGUUACGACGAGGAAACGGCGAAGCGGGUGGAGGAAGAGUUUGGCGCCAGGGGGAUUCUCAAAGGUGUGGUGCUUAAAGCUCACCACGUGGCACAAGCGGCUCUGUUUUUGGCUUCUGAUGACUCGGUUUGUAUCAGUGGUCAGAAUUUGGCGGUGGAUGGUGGUUAUACUGUUGUCAAAUGUUAA